GAGGAAUGCCACCUUCUCGACCAUCAACAACUAACGAAGAUAAUAAAGAAAGUACAUCUAUAUCUGAAACCUUACAAAGAUUAUUCCCAAGCACUCGAGGUCGGAGUCCAGUUCCUUCAACUUCGAUCACUAGUUGUGAUCGUCAAGGCUCACGUGGCAAACGCUUCGAACCAUACUCAAAAGGAAAGGGCAAAACAACAUCUACAAGGGGAAAGAGCAAAGCAACAUCUGCGCCUGUAUUGAAGGAUGUUAUCCUCCUGCCAAAUCCUAAAAUGAGUGACGUUCCACGUGGGAAGACCAGAGAGGAAUUGUAUGUACGAAAGCUGGUCUAUCCUGCAUUCGAAUUCACAAAUGAAAUGUCGUCGUCGGAAAUCAUCGACAGACUUUCAUCGUUCUUUCAGCGGCGUUUGAAAGGAAAGUACUUCGAAAUUGUCAGGUCUGUAGGAAACAAAAUAGUGGCGGCGGGCGUUCCACAGGAAUCGAUCAAUGGACGAGUAAUCAAACACUUCUCUGGUCAAGGUCCAGUAUAUUUAAGGUGCGUCUCGCCCAUGGAAACCGAUUUUGACUGGGUGAGCGAUGAUGAAGAAGACGACUUUUCAGAUGAUGAAAAUGACAAAAAGAACGACGUCCAAGUUAUUAAUGAUGACAAGGACAAUGACAAUGACCUGCUGAAACCUAUUUUCUUGCCGAAUAUUGCAAGUUCUUCAAACUCUGCAUCUGACCCCCUUGCAAGUCAUCGACCAUCAACAUCUGCAGCAGGUGAUCCACCAUCAACGUCUGCAUCUACUAUGACACUCCCUACUGUAAUUAAUCAACCAUCAACGUCUGCAUCUACUAUAACACUCGACCCUACUUCAAGUGAUCGACCUUCAACGUCUGCAUCUAAUUUGACACCCCGUACUGCAAGUGAUCGGCCAUCAACGUCAGCAUCUACUAUGACACUCCCUACUGUAAUUAAUCGACCAUCAACGUCUGCAUCUCAGGAGAUUUCAACUAUGCCUGUACCAUUGCAAAAUUGCCCAAGUUGCAAUGGCUUAUUUCCCAUGUCUGAAAUUGAAGAGCAUGCAGAUUUCUGUUGUAGCAAACAAGGAGUAUUUGACAGUGUUCAAAGUAACAUUAUUGAUACACGUUCUGUUGUUGAUACGCUAUCUCAUAAUGUGGAUAGCUCCAGCCAAAUUUAUGUUGUGGUGAGAAGAGGAUGUCCUUUAGAAAGAGCACUGGAGAUUUGGAAAAGGGCAGUGAGAAAGAGUCCUUUACACCUUAACCAACGUGUUCUUGUGGGCUUCAGUGGAGAACAGGGUAUAGAUUCAGGGGCAGUUUCUGCCGAAUUCUAUACCCUUGUUCUUUCCGAUAUGGCGAAGACAAUGUUUAAAAAUGGUGCCCCUGUUGACUCAAUAUUUCAUGUCCAAAACCUGAAUUUUAGAACAUGUGGGCAAAUAGUAGCAGCUAGUUUGUCCCAGGGUGGACCUCCACCUUGCUUUCUUGAUGAAAGUGCAUACGAUUUAAUGGUGAAGGGCUCUCCAAAGCUUCAUGAUAUUGACUGGUCUAAGCAUUUGACUGAGACUGACAGAGUAUUCUUGAACAGUGUAAAGGAAGAUGUUCUUGCUCACUUGGACACCAUUGUUGAUCAUGGUUACACAGGGAAAAUCAACGAUGAGUACAAGGAGGAGAUUGUUGCAACAAUGGCUAUAACUAUUAUAACAAAGCGGCUGGUAUAUUUGAAUGAAUUUUUGGAUGGCAUGCAAUCAUUUGGUCUGGCAGACAUCAUAAAAACUUGUCCUGCAAUAUGCAAAUCGUUGUUUAUAAAGAGUACAUCUUCAUCGAAUGUAGUGGAUGCAAAUUAUGUGUUCUCAAUUCUUCAGGCAAACUACUCUCCUAGGGACACCUCAAGACGAAACUUUGAGGAAGCAGCCAUGGACAUGUUUCAGGACCUUCUCUUCAGAAUGGAAGAUGAGGAUGUUCGUGGGUGUGAGGAGGCAGCCCUUCCCUAUGAAGAAGGUAGUACAGAGGUGGUCUUUCAGAAACCUGACCUAACUCCUGCUGGUGUCCUUGGCUGGCUGACCGGUCAGAAACACAAGCCUCUUGGUGGUGAAGAUCUUAAAGUGAGUGUUACUUUUGAUCAUGAUUGUUUGAAAAACAAUCCAGAACAUAAAAUAUGUUAUCCAGUGGUUGGAGCUUGUGCUAAGGAGAUUAUUCUUCCAAUGGCCCACAUGAAGAACACUGAACAAUUCAAUGACAUUCUAAUCACUGCAAUGAGCUUUGGGCAAUCAUUUGGAAAAGCAUAGAGUAAGCUUAGUUAAACAUUGUUGUGUAUUAUGAAGUCAUAUCUAUACCUAACACUUAAGAGUCAGCUUAUCCAUGCAUACUCAGUGUCAGAUCCAGAUUUUACAAAGGUGGGGGAUAAACUUUGUUGUGCAUGCAUGUGAGUUCCGUUAAGAUGAGUAAGAUGUUUUUUUUAUUCAAUAGAAUUAACUAAUAAUUACUAUGUUAAAAUAUUUUC